AUGCUCUAUCCAAGCGACGAAAUGAUGAUGCAACCACACAAUGAUCAUGAUGAUGAGGACAUGGAAUUCUUGGAAUUCGAGCAAGAACUCGAACAGGAAUCUCGUCUGCACCGAGGCAUGGAUGCUUCUCUUUUGGAUCCACCAUUGGCUUGUAUCUCUUUGUCGGACAAUAGUAGUUCCAAUGGGAAUGAAAAUCAUGACAUGGACGUUGGCAUUGAUUUGAAUCUUGAUGAAGAAUCAUCCUCGUCGUCGUUGAACAAAAACCAUGACGAUUCCAUCAGCGACAAGCAUGAUGGUGCACUAAAGAAGGUAGCUACCACGCCCAAGACUGCGGCCACUACCAAAGUGGACGACUCCAGCACUCGAAAGAGCCGUCGAAGACGAGGGAUCCCCAAGGACAUUUCGGUCAAGGAUACCAUGGAGGAUGAGACCACGGCUCAUCAGUUGUUCCUCUUGGAUCAGCAGAUUGUCUUGGAGCAAUUUGGGGUCUAUUCUGAUUUGUCGGAGGAGGAAGAAGAGGAGAAACUGUGCUGUCUGCAGGAUAUCGCGGCAGUGACCCUGGAAGCAAGUGUCAAUGCCAGUGCUCGGUUGGUUCGGGAUUGUCAAGGCGGAAACGAGAAGUCGUCCGAUGAUGGCACCCAGCACGGCCAUUCCAAGGUUUGCUCUUCUUUACCGACAGACUACUGUGGACAGGAUGGGCAAGAAGCCUACCAACACUGCUACGAAGGGUUGCGACUCUUUGUAGUUGACGACGAGGGUGGUCGUGACGUUAGUCGUAGUACGGAAGAGCCCAGCACUACGUUGAAAGACCAGACUGAUGACAAUGAAAACUCCAACGAGGACAAUGUCGAUGUCAAUCGUGACCCUGACAAAUUGGAAGAAAGCUAUGAUGACGACGAGGCUGGAGAAUUUGAAGCAAUGAUUGGUGGCAACCAAUAUGCUGUAAAUCGAAGCUUUUCCAGCCACACCCAGUCUGCAACAUUUUGCCAAGGCAACUGCGAUGUCAUGUCCCAGUAUUGGGAACGAAUCAAACUGGCACUUUCCAAUCGGAAUGGCGACAAUUUCUACCAGGCCAUUGACGCCAAAAGCCAAGCGUCCGUGUUUUCCUUUUUUGAUAAUACCCAUCAGCAGUUGGAGAACACGGAUUCCCUCUCCUAUUCCUCUGUUGGCGAUGAUGGUACUUUCAAAUCCCCCUUCUUUCCAGUCUUGGAAAAGUGUCAUAAUGGUGAUGAAUCCUUUUCCAACGAAAUGGACAAGAUGAUCUCUUGUGCCUUGCCCAAUGGGCUUGUCUUUUGUACCAUUUGGCUCGACCAUCCAGAUUAUUGGGACACUACGACUGCUUGCGAUCUGGCGAUUGACGAAUCCGACUUUUACAUUCGGAAUGGAUGUGAAGUCGUCUGGAAGAUUUCCUCGGAUGCAAGGAAUGGCCAGCGAUUUGUCGAAUUUCCGCACCAUCGUCGUACUGCCCAGGCUAGUGAUUUGCUUCGAUGUUUUGCAUGGGCUGGUGACAAGGACCAUGCCGUUGUCUAUCAGUUGAACAUGGUCCUUGCAGAGAUGCGACGGGCGAUGGAGAAGAAUGGUCCGCAAGAAACGAAGAAGAGUAGCGGAAAGCAGCACAAAGGCAAUGCCAUUCAAGAUGAGUCUACUGUCGUUCUUGACGACUCUGCUGAAAUUGAGGCUAGCGAAAUCGAAGUCGUAUUAUGGAGUAGCCCCAAGCGGAUCUUUCCACACUUUGUGGAUGUCCAUGGAAAUCAAGUAUCGAAGGUCCAUUUGGUCCGUGAAAAGAAGGCUACUCUUGUAAGCUACAGUUGUGCAAGCGCGAAGACCGAAAUGACAUCCUUUGGAAGGAUUGUAUUCUUUGUCAAGACCAUUGACUCCAUCCCAUCUCUAUUGUCAGCACCGUCCGACGAAAUGGCAGAGACGGAGCAAGGCGAAGAGACCGUUUUGGAAGAAAGCGUAGUUGAUGAUGAAGAAGACGUCGAAGAAGAACAGCAACCCCACGACGAACAUCAAAACGAAGAGUGGAGUGCUGCGGAACGAAGUAACGUGACGACAAUGAUUGAUAAUCGGACUCGUCCUCAAAGGGUUCGAUACAUUCUGGAGGGUGACACUGAUGAAGAGUUCAGUGAAAAGUUUGGUUUGUAG